UAAUAAUUCAUUUCAUCAUGGACAGGCACUUUUGAUGUCACGGUGGAAAUAGGCUACGGCUAAUUCAAGACAACUAUCAUGUUUCUAGUUUGUCUUCACUAUUAGUAUUGAUCUAAAUUACCAUCCCCAGUUGUGCGGUGAUGAACAGGUGCUGAUCUGUGCAGUUCCUAUCCGAAUGAGCGUGAGAAAAAAAAGUCGAAUUUUAAUGAAAUAUCAACAACGACAAGGUCUCCACGUUGAAAAUAUCGUGUCCUACUAAACAGGAUUUUAGCUGGAAGACGGUGUCCACUUUGCUCAGUGGAGGGAGGGAAAGCGAGCAGCGGGAUAUGAGUCAGAGCCUGCCGCUGCCAGCAUGUCACUGUUUGAGACUGAAGGACCCCUCGUUCUGGACCUGAGCUGCCCUAUCUGCCUGCAACUCUUCUCCGACCCUGUGUCCCUACCCUGCGGCCACGUCUACUGCUCUGCCUGCCUUGAGAAGUACAUGGACACUGACACGGCCCACCACUGUUGUCCCGAAUGCCAGGUUGAGUACCCGGGCCUCCAGGCCCUCGUGAAGAACUUCAAGAUGUGCAGCAUCAUCGAGAGCUAUAAAGCCACCACAACAGGAAAGGUCAGAUCUGUCACAGAUGGAGAUGGUGGUGAUUGCCAACAGGGGGUAUUGUCACCUAACCAGAGAAAUGAUGGUAAGACCUCUGAACGUCUAUUAGACAUAGAGCAAGAAGAGUUACAACACACAGGCUUGGGAGAUGCAGCUGCAGCGCCCCCUACUUUUCUGAAAAACCAACCGACCAAGAUGGAGAAGUCUAAACUUCUAUUAGCGUCUCAUGUAACAGAGUUGGCGGUGAGGCUGCAGAUUGCUGAGGACCAGCUGAGGAGGGAGGAGGAGAGGGAGGUUGAGGUCCGGGCCGCCAAUGCCCUUCUGAGAGGACAGGCAGCCAAGCUGCUGGAGCGGAUGACUGAGAUGACGAUCAACUAUGUUACUGGGAUGACAGAGUUGAUUGAAGAGGAACUGCGCCCCACCGAGGAGAGCCUAGGCAGCCGAGUACACCAAGUCUCCGAGAUCCGAGUGAAGUUGAGGGAUGCCCAACUCCGAGCCAAAUCCCUCCUGACCGAGGAAGACAGUGGGGUGUUCAGUGAGGGGCUUCAGGAGGCACAACCGCGCAUCAUGGAGCUGAUGGCCCAGCAACCUCUUGAGGAGCUGGACCAUGACAACACCUGUCCUGAGUCGAAAGUUAAUCCAGGCCGAGCUUGCGACGAGCUGGAACGGAGGAGCGCAGAGUUGAGGGAGGGACUCGGGACGGCCCAGCGUUCCCUACGCAAUGUCCUCAACCCCUCAGAGGUGACCUUUGACCUAGACACUGCCCACCCCAGCUUGGUGCUGUCGGAGGACCUGAAGACGGUGACCUUCAGCCCCAAAAAGCAGCCCUACCCGGCCCUGCCAACAAGGUUUAGCAACUUCCUCCAGGUGCUGAGCACCCAGAGCUUCUACGGAGGCGAGCAUCGCUGGGAGGUGGAGCUGGACGGAUCUUCUCCCUGGAUCAUAGGGAUAUGCUACAGCGGGGCGCUAGCACGCAGCGGGUUAGCGAGUGCCCUAGAGAGUAGCCGUGGCUCCUGGUGCCUGAUGUGGUUCGAUAACCUGCUCAGGUCCUUUGAGCAGGGCCAUGAUGUCCCAUUGAAGAGAACCCCGGCAGUACAUAGACUGGAGAUCACGCUGAGUUUUAAGACUCAGAGGUUGAGCUUCUAUAACGUCAGCCAGUGCAGUGGGAAGACUCACGUGUACACCUUUAAGGCGAACCUCACGGAGCCGGUGCAUCUGGCUUAUAGGAUGAUGUCAGGCCAACCGAAGGCACGCAUAACAGUAUGCUCUUGAACGGUCAUUGGUACAAAAGAGAACCUAGCAAGAUUACAUAAUUUUGUGUUAUUAAUCCUGUAUUAAUACCAAACAUUUCUUGUUUACAUUUAAUGUUGUUCAUGGUUGUAGAGACAUAGUUGUUUUGGUCUGUUACUAGCGGUAGGGGAGAGUGGAGUAAGUUGAGCCACCCCUUUUUUCUAGGAAACCAUACACAAAAUGUAUAAUAGAUUAUCAUUUAAUGGAGUCUAGAAACCACAUGGAAAACCACAUGGAUAAAGUAGUAAGCAAGCUGGUCCAAAAAACUUUUCACAAAGUCAAAUUAAUAUUUUGUCUUAUAGGUUUCAUGAUUCUUGUAUCUAAACCAGAUAGUUUUAAGAUUUGUUUUAUAAAUCAGUUUGGUUCUCUUUAUGCUGCAUGGAAUAAACCCAGCAUGAAAGUGCAUCCUUGUAGCUGUGUGGGCUAAUAUGGUCAAAAUGUUUUCCUUUGGGUAAGUUGAGCCAAUGAUCACCAUACCCCAUCCAAAUGGUGAUUACAGAGUCUCCGGUUUAUGAAUAAUAUGUAUAUUAUUUUUGCAAUGUGUCAUCCAUAUGGAAUCAAGAUGGUGCAUUUUUAUUGUUGCAGAUAUCAUCAUACCCUGUGUAUAGAAGUGUAAAACAAGCAGGGGUCUUGCGAAAGAGGCACACAACACAAUUGAUCUGAUAACAUGGAGUCCGAGCUUGUUAAACAUAUUAAGAAUCUCGCACACCAGUUUCUUGGGUUUAAUAGCUUCAAAUGCAGAGAACUUCCCCACAAAUUGGCCCAUCGAAACUACAUGGAAGGGUAUAUCUGAAUGUAGACAUACAUUUAAGAUAUACAAUAUAACCAGAGCCCCACCUUUUGUUUUUUUGUUGCCUGUUUUGCAUGUUAUUUUGGCAUUGAUAUGUGUCACAUCAGUUUGCAAACAAUGUAAAAAAACAUAAUUGAGUUAAUAAAGCUGCAUACAAACAUGG